AAUAGAAUAAAACUGUAUAGAAUAUAAGCAUUGGUAUGAAGCGAUUGUUUGAAUUAUGUCAUCGUUAUUCCUUUCUUAUACGGAAAUCACACCAGACGAUUGUGAUAAGAAGCGAUAAUAUUUUCACGACAAUAAGGCAAAAUAAUUCUGAUUAUCACCAAAACGAAAGUUCCACAAAUGACACGAACACUCAUGACCAUGAAGAAACAAGAAAGUUUUCGGAUUUAUCUAGCAAUUGGUGGGAUAUAAACGGUCCAAUGAAAGCACUGCAUUCAAUGAAUAAAGUACGAGUACCUUUCAUAAGAGAUUGUUUGAUCUAUGAAGGAUAUGGAAAUGGAGAAAUAUAUACAGACAAACCUUUGAAAGGUAUUGAUAUACUUGAUGUUGGAUGUGGCGGUGGUAUUCUUACUGAGCCUUUAGCAAGAUUAGGAGCCGACGUUGUAGGAAUAGAUGCAUCAGAGGAACUGAUUGAAAUUGCGAAAAAACAUAGACUUCCAGAACUAGAAAACUUGCAAUAUCUCAAUGCAUUGGUGGAAGAUAUAGCUUUAGUGGGAUCUUUAAAAUUUGAUGCUGUUGUGGCGUCAGAAGUUAUCGAACAUGUUUCAAAUCCACAUUCAUUUAUACAAACUUGCUCGAGUGUACUCAAACCAAAAGGGUCCAUGGUGAUCAGUACUAUAAAUAAAACUUUACAAUCAUAUCUUCUUGCCGUCAACUUCGCUGAGCGAGUUUUGCAAGUUGUACCACGGGGUGCUCAUGACUGGAAUAAAUUUAUAGCGCCAGAAGAAGUUAUCGAAUAUUUAGAUCAUUGUGAUUGCUCUUUUAGAAAAAUUCAUGGUAUGCUAUAUAACCCGUUUUGUGAUGAUUGGUCGUUUGUUAGUAGUACCAAUAUGAAUUAUAUUAUUCAUGCUGUUAAAAGACAAGAUAUUGACAAUGACCAAGAUAAUGAUAUAGAUUGAGUAAAAUAAAUUUCUGGGUCUUACAAUAAUGAUUAAUAAUUCUGUUUUUUUGUUGUUCAUUUUCUUUUAUAUCAUAUGAUUUGAUAUACUUUUGGUAAAGAAAUGGAAAUGAAUUGGACACUAUUUUAUCACAGUGGAACUAAAUGAGAUUUGUCACCUUUCAAGAUUUUGGGAAAUCACAUUUUCGUAAAUUAUAGAUCUAUGCAGCCAAACCCAAAAAGGACGUGAAACAUUCACUAAAACUAAAACAGGUACAGCUUUAAUACCCAGACCAAAACAUGGACGGUGGUCCAUAAUGACAGAAUCCCAAAAAGACAAUUUUAAAAAAAUGUGAUAUAAGCUACUUUGGUUUUACAGUGGUGAAUUUUUCUAAUGUCCAACUUAAGGCCUAAUUUUACUUCAAAGUUCGAAAUAUUAUAUUUUUCUGUGUACUGGCUUUUAUUAAUAACAAGCUAUGUAAUGUUCUGGAAUAGAGAAUUCAGAGUUGAUAUACAAGAAUGAUUGUGUGUAACAUAUCUGUUAUUAAAAAGUAGAAUCAUAAAAUUUUAUUUUCGCAUUCACAAAUACUCAAUAUUCUUUGGCUUAAUCUGCAUCUUGAACAAAAUGUGAUGGCAUCCAAUUUCUAUUGUUUUCUACAGAUAAUUAUCACCACCUUAUUAAUAGUUUAAAUACUAUUGUGAAUGUAUGCUUCUAUAGUGGGAAGAAUUUUUAUUAUUUCAAAGAAGAUCAACCACAUACAUAUUCAGCCAGAAUUCAAAGGAUUGUAUCUUGAUAAUUCAGUUGUAUCGAAGUAGACUCUUAUCAGCCAAGAAAAAACGUAUGACUUUUUUGACUGAUCCAAUUUUGGCAGAAACAAAAUCAGAAAUUUUAUCUAUUAACUCUACACUCCUACAUAGAUGCUGAUAGAAAAGGCCCAUAGAAAUCAUAUUUUAGUAAAUGGCUAUAAUCAUGGGUUGAAAUACAGUCAUUCUGGGACAAUUUUAAGGCCCCAAUGGAUGCCAUAAUAUAAGCGUCCGUUCAGUCGAGGGCAAUCAAUAAACUGAUUAAGUCACUUAGACUCAAUUUUUCAAAAACCAUCUCAACUCAAUUUAAAGAAUGAUUCAAUAGCAGUGGUUUGACCACACAGAUGAAGUCCUACUCAGUAUCUCAACUUGAGUUGUAGCAAAAUGAUAUCUAUUCCAGUUAAUUAAGAUAGGUAAAAUGUUACCCUAAGAAGCAUAUGUUAUCCUUUCAUAAGAUAUUUAUCCAACCAAUAUGAAAUGAUUUUUCUCGGUUAAGAUUAAGAAAUCAUGUUUGUAAAGUAGACUGUGUUUUUAUUUCA